AUGGCCACCGUCGACGAUGCAGGCGUGCUGGUGAACCGCCAGCGCCCCACACUGCACACCUUCGAGGACCUGCAGGCCGCCGCGCUGGGACCCAGGGCCGCCCUGGAGAGCGAGGCCUGGAGCCGGUGCUCAACCCACGAGUUCAGGCAGCGAGAGGAGGCGCGGCUGGCCGCGCACGAGCGGAUGCGGACCAACCAGGCUGAGGAGGGUCCCCCCGCCCCCCCCUUGGACGACCUGGACGAGUGGGACCUGCGUGCCAUGGCGGAAUGCCAGCGGCAGCGGCACGAGAGGAACCAAGCCUGGAACGCGGCCCGGGCCCGGGUGGGCCAGCACGCGGGCAUGGGCUCGCGCUGGCGCCACGACGUCCGCUGCGGGUACACAGGGGACAUCAAGGACCCAGAGUACAAGACCUGGACGCACCGCCAGGUGUGGGACCUGAUCACGCUGGACGGCCGCGCCGCCGACCCACGCGAUGUGGAGGUGGACGUGGAGGAUCCGCUGGGCACGGCCGACAUGCGCGCAGUGGGCGCACACUACGUCCCCGACGCCCUCGAGUGGCUGGAGGAGCAGGGCAAGCUGCUAGAGGAGGACGAGGACCCCGCGCCCUCGCCCGAGGACGCCGCGGAGAGCGCGCUCCUGGCCUCGCACUUCUCGGACUUUGACGAUGACUAUCUAGGGACUGUCGGGGGUUUUGACGCCGGGCCCACAGCCGGCUUGUAA